AUGUCGCUAAAACCACCUGCGGGUUACGGCACCAUCACCGCCACCAACCCCGCCGCCGCACAAACCUCCAAAGAUCUCACCUUUACCUCCCGUGCCAAUCCCCAAACUUCCCAACCCGUGUACCCCGCACGCAUCUCUCAAUCCGUGUACCCCACGCGCCGCCCGUGGCCCGAGCUCUUCUCCCUGACCUCCUUCUCCGUUCCGUACAACUACGCCGACGCCAUGGCUCGAAUCAAGCACAACAUCAGCUACUUCCGCGUCAACUACGCCAUGGCAGUGCUCCUCAUCGUCUUCCUCAGCCUCCUAUGGCACCCUGUCUCCAUGAUCGUCUUCUUGAUCGUCCUCGUCGCCUGGCUCGCCCUCUACUUCUUCCGUUCUGGCCCCGUCGUUUUGUUCAACCAGAGCUUCGACGACAGGCUGGUGGUGGUCGUGCUGAGCUUGGUCACUGUCGUAGCGCUGGUGUUUACCCACGUGGGUUUGAAUGUGUUGGUGUCGUUGAUCGUCGGGGUGGUGGUGGUUGGGCUCCACGCCGCCUUUCGGGUCACCGAAGACUUGUUUCUUGACGAGGAGACUGCGGCUGAAAACGGGUUGGUGUCGGUUGUUGCAAACCAGCCCCUGCGCCCGACUUCUUACACCCGGAUUUGA